CGGGCUACCUGGGCCGGGCCGACCGGCAUAAUGGUCAAUCGAACGCGAAAGUCCGGAACGACGACUUCCACUUUUUGUUUUGAUCACAGCCCAGCAAAACCUCUCUUCUUUCUCCUAUUCUUUCCCCUGCUGGUAGGCUAAAGAAGACUUAUUCCCCCAAUUACUUCGCGUUGAGAUCUCGCGCUGCCGUUCUUCUUCCCUCCGUCCAGGCUCUGAGUGAGAACGAGAGAUCGGAAAAAUGGCUCGCCAAGCCACCAGACUGGUCGCGUCUCUGUCCUCUAAGCUCCGCUCUCCCAGUCCCCAGAUCACCCCGCUUUCGUCUUCCUCUUCAUCGUCCGGUUCUCUGUUGCAAUCGCGCUCCUUCGCCGCCGCUCCUUCCCCGCCGGCGGUCUUCGUCGACAAGAACACCCGCAUCAUCUGCCAGGGAAUCACCGGCAAGAACGGGACCUUCCACACCGAACAAGCCAUCGAAUAUGGCACUAAGAUGGUUGGAGGUGUCACGCCGAAGAAGGGUGGCACAGAACACCUGGGGCUUCCUGUCUUCAACUCUGUUGCAGAAGCAAAGGCUGAGACGAAAGCUAAUGCUUCCGUGAUUUAUGUUCCUCCACCCUUUGCCGCUGCAGCCAUUAUGGAGGCUAUGGAAGCUGAAUUGGACCUUGUUGUUUGUAUCACAGAAGGAAUUCCUCAGCAUGACAUGGUUCGUGUGAAGGCUGCACUUCAAAGGCAAUCCAAAACAAGACUAAUCGGUCCAAAUUGCCCUGGUAUUAUCAAACCUGGAGAGUGCAAGAUCGGAAUCAUGCCAGGAUAUAUUCACAAACCAGGGCGUAUUGGAAUUGUUUCUCGUUCCGGCACAUUGACGUAUGAGGCUGUUUUCCAAACAACAGCAGUUGGUCUUGGGCAGUCCACAUGUGUAGGUAUUGGUGGUGAUCCUUUCAAUGGGACAAACUUUGUUGACUGCAUGGAGAAGUUUCUGGCAGAUCCUCAGACUGAAGGUAUCGUUCUUAUUGGUGAGAUUGGAGGUACGGCAGAAGAGGAGGCUGCUGCUCUCAUAAAGGCAAGCAAGACAGAAAAGCCAAUCGUGGCAUUCAUUGCUGGACUCACGGCUCCACCUGGACGUCGUAUGGGCCAUGCUGGAGCUAUCGUAUCGGGCGGUAAGGGAACUGCACAAGACAAGAUCAAGACACUAAAGGAAGCCGGAGUGACCGUAGUCGAAUCUCCAGCAAAGAUUGGUACCGCCAUGUUCAACGUGUUCAAGGAGAGGGGUCUGGUUAACUGAAGCGUAAGCCGUGUUUCUAUCGAGGAGCAGAUUUGACCUUGCACUCUUGAUUUGCAUAGCCUUUUUGUUUGUUGCCUGAACAAUGUUUUUAAGGAGUUCGGAGGAAUUUUCUUGAUUGACAAGGCAUCAGCCUGCCCCCUGAGAGCUGUAAAAACCUUUGUUUUUUUUGUAAGAGCUCCCUUUUACCCUCUCCCCUGCACUGCAGUGUUGACAAUAAUUUUUUACGCUGAAGGUUAAAGAUAAAGACCCCCUUUUGAAGGGUAGUGGUUGUUUCUUUUCAGUUUUUACCAUCAAUAGCGAGAGCCAAGAGAAGAAAGAAAAGAGCAAACUUAACUCCAGAGGUGGGCAAAACCUGCAGAUGAAGCUACAACAAAGUCAACAAUGGCUGCUUCUACAAUCUAAAACUCCAUACGAAAGCCAGGAGGCAGAAAAACAUUAGACUCGCGAGGCAACGUUUUCACUUCCUCAAUACUCCCAUCCCCCAACUGAAACACCCGAAUGCUCUCCGUCCUCAUCAUGUUCCUGGCCACAUAAUCAUCAUCAUCGGAGUAGUAAAUGCAAUCCUUCUUCCCGCCGGCGAUCUGCGCAGCCGGAGCCGAGAAACAACACUCCGUCGUCAGGACGAACACUCUACCAUCAUCCCCCAACGACUUCACCUCAACCCAUUCCCCGAUUUCCUCAUCCAGCUUGUAGACCUUGAAAUCCACCGCUCUAGGGUUCCACUUCCUUCCCCUCCUCGUCCCCACGAGGAAUCGGAUCGGAUGGAAGCUGUUGGUAAUCGCAUCAUCCACAUCCUUCCAGUUCCUCCUCCUCCCGCUCAAGUACCGAUCCACCAAGUACAGAUCUCCCCCGGACUCCACCAGAUUCUUCUGCCCGCCGCCGCUGGAGCCGUCGCGGAGGAACCGCGGCGAGGGGUAGGAUUCGUCGAAUCUCAGGGACGAAUCGAUCAGGGACAGUUUCCCCAAUCGGUCGGUGACGUAGUACUGACCUCGGUGGAUGAUUACAUCGUCGUAAUCGAAGCUUCUGCCGUCUAACAGAGUCCAGUGUUCAUCUCCGUUUCUCCAGUAACCUAUUCUGCCUUCGUGGAAAAUCGCUAUGACGGUGACAGCCGACUGUUGGGGCCGGGGAGACGCCGCGGCGGCAGAGGGGGGAAACGGAAGAACCUUGUUAAUCUCGAAGGUUGGGCAUCCGACCUGGAACCUGAGGCGGAACGAGGUGGUCAAUUGGACGGGGCGGAAGUCGAGCAAGCUCAAUUGAAUCGGAGAGUAGCGGAUCUUGAGGUUGGAGAUUGGGUUCAGAAGCUGCAGCUUGCCGCGGGAGGUUUCUUCGACCUUGAUCAGCCAACCGCCGCCUCCCCGCGGUGCGUCGUCGCCGGCGGGGGAGGUUGAAAUUGAAAUCGAAUCGCCAUUGGGAAUCGGAGGAGGCUGAAACUCCACACAGCACAUGGCGGAGGGAGCGAGGACGCCGUGGACGUCACCGGGGUAAGGGAGCCUGACUUCAAGGGGCGGAAUCAGUCGGUCGAAGGCAGGGGCGGGGACGGCGGAGCGCCAGUAGUAGCAGACGGAGCGGAAGGUGAGAACGUCGAUGGGACGGUCGAUGCGGCUGCCGAUGGCUUCCAGCAUCUCCUCGGGGAGAUCUGCCCACGGCGAGCCACCGCGAUUCAUCGUCAGAUUGCUACCUCCCGAGUGGAAAUUGGCGUUGGGAUUUUUUUGGGGGAGAGGUCGAUUUGCGGUAGGUGGACGGUGGUGGGUAGCAAUAGCAUCAAGCUGCCAAGUGCCAAGCACAACCACCAUUAACGGUGGAGUUUCAUGUCGUAAUCCUCGAUCCGAAUCUUUUCUGCCGUCGUUUCGUUUUGAUUGAUUGUUUAUUGCUCGUCUGGGUCGUCGACCCAUGAAACACGACAACCUCAUUUCAUUUCCAUUUUGUAUUUCUUUAAGGUGUCACAGUCUGGCUGUCCCUCUCCAGUUUCGGGUUAGUGAUGGUCACCGUAAAAAUGUCCCUUUCCACGCCAUUAGAAUUUAAAUCUCCUCGGCAGGUAGAAGAAGAAGAAGAAAACUAUGGCAUCAUUGAA